AGCUUAAACAGUAUACAUCUGUGGCUUAAAGCGAUCACACGUACCUUUAAAACGUUGGUAGAGAAACCGUCGUGAAACUGUCAAAACUUAUUUUUGGUGAAAUAAAUUGUGCAAACAAAAAAUAAGGCAUUAUUUAAAAAAGAAAAAAUUAUAAAUAAAAUAUAUCUAUACUGUGUCGUUUAUAUUUUAACAAAGAAAAAAGAACAACGGCGUAUCCAAAAUAUAACAAGGGCUGAGUGGCUAUUGUGUUUCUCACAGAUGCUUGAAGGACGGCCACGCUUCAAGGAAUGAUGACAUUUGCUGGAACUCAUAAUGACCGAUUCAAAGUAAUGUGGCGUUUUAUUAUUCUCUUCGCAAUCGUUGUUAUAAAUACCACUGGCUGCAAUGGCCAUGGUCGUUUGAUUGAACCGCCAAGUCGAGCAUCUGCAUGGCGUUACGGUUUCAACACACCGCCCGACUAUAACGAUCACGAACUGUACUGUGGAGGCUUUACGCGUCAAUGGAAACGUAACGGUGGGAAGUGUGGCGAAUGUGGCGAUGCAUGGGAUAUGCCAUUGCCACGGCCCCAUGAGCACGGAGGUCAAUGGGGGCAGGGUGUAAUAGUUCGUCGAUAUUCACCCGGAGCUGAAAUGACUAUUCGUGUUGAACUGACGGCGAGUCAUAUGGGAUAUUUUGAGUUUAGACUUUGUCCAGAGCCCAAAGCGAAACAAGACUGUUUAGAUCGUAACCUUCUAACAAUAUUGGCAGGAUCUCCAGCACAACCCGCACCUGGAGAUUUGGAAACCAGAUUCUAUCCUAGGAAUGGCAGUAGGAUAUAUGAAAUAAAGGCACAACUUCCAGAUAUUACUUGCACUCAAUGUGUGUUACAGUGGCGCUAUGUAGCUGGAAAUAACUGGGGUAUUUGUCCCGAUGGUACAGGAGCAGUUGGUUGUGGCGAGCAGGAGGAAUUUAGAUCUUGUUCCGAUAUUGCCAUUGGUACCGGAACUCAAACCCCAUUGCGACCAAUACGGCCCAGCAUACAUACGACUCAACGUCCCACUGUGCCACCUACAGUCACGGAAUCUACGCCACACGAAUCCUCCGAACAAUUCAAUUACGUUCCUCUUUUGGUCGUGUUUAUUCUUAUACUUUUGGCGGCGUGCAUAUUUGCAAUCUGGCACUUGAAUCGCCAAAAUAAUCCAGUGAUUCUUAAAUGCAAGGACUAUUUCGAUCGCCGCAUGUGCAAAAAGAAAUCGCCUAUUGUAAUUUCUCCAAAGCACGCCGCCGUACAAUCGAUCAUGCCGCAUUCAACAUUCGGCGAUUCUCUCAAGGCGGUACAAAAAGAACAGUUAACGGCUGGCCUUACGGCGGCUCCUGUUCCACCGCCCCGAACAAAGCGACAAAGGAAUACAUCAAUUGGCGAGUCAAGUGCUGCAUAAUACUUACAUAUACGAACAAACAUGCUUACAUAUCUAUCAUGAAACGGAAAGGUUCAAAUUCGCAUAUCCAUAUAAAGUUGACUGAAAUUGUCGAUCCAGCACAAAGAUCGUUUGCAUGUUUACCUCCUAAACUAAGACUAAAUUCUCAUUGUAUUGGCACUUAAUUCGUUGUAUUUUUUCUAUUUAAAUGAUUAGAAUGUGAUAAAAUUUCAAUAAAUACGGUAUUUAUUUAUAUAUAAAAA